AUUGCCACUCACUCACUCUUGUCUCCGUCCUCCGCGCCAUGACGGAAUACAUCGCCAUCUUGCCAGAUGCCGUCGAUGCCUCAGCACACACAUACCUCCGCCUCCCGCACCCGCGGACAGGCGCCCCCCAACUCUACCUCCCCACACCAACAUCCAUCUGCGAAGUUUCCAAGGUCUCCGGCGCGCAAGGACGAACCUGGUUCAUUGGCGACAGCGUGUCUCACGGCGCCAUGCUCCUCCACCACCCGAUCGACCCGCUCUUCCUCGCCAUCCCGCUGGCGCUCAGCCUGAUUCCUACUGGCCGUACCGCCCCCUUCCAGCCCCUCGGCGACCUCCUCUCCUCCGUCGUCGCAAGUUCCGCAUGGGAUCUGAAACCCGCAUUCGCACCCUCCGCCCCGCCGACCGCGGCGGAUAUCGCGCGCCUCGUCGAGAUCAAGGCGUUCCGGAAGGCGUUCCGCGCAUGUUGCGAGCGCAAGGUGAUUGAGGCUGCGGAUGACAGUGGGGAAGGGGUGGACGAAGCAGAAGGAAGCAGGCCGAGAUCUACAGCGUACUACCGCUCAUCACGCGAGGUGAUCCUCGAGCUUUUGAGGAGAAAGGUGGAUCGCCUGGCGGAUGAGGCAAACUUCAGCAAGUUCGACCACCUCGUGCGCGGGCUCGGCCGGGACGGUUUGCUUGAGACUGGGGCCGAUCCCGUUCUCGUUCAAGCCGCACGGAACACCGCCGCCAUCGAGCACAUUGCGCAGUAUCUGCCCCCAUUACUCCUCCCAAUGCUCAUUGCAUCCUAUGACAUGGCCGCGUACAACAGGUACCUCCAAGACCGCAGUGCCGCCGCCCGAGCAGCUGAGGCGCCCAUCAUUGUUGAGAAGAAGGAGAAGGAGAACAAGCGUAAACUUGCAAAGACCGAGAGUAGUCGCGGCGUCGAGGCACUCAAAAAGGUUAAUACCAACGGCAUGGCCAAAAUGACGAGCUUCUUCAAGCCAAAGACCAAGUAGUAGAGCCAGUCAUGUAGCCUGGCCUCGCCUGAUGUAUCCAUAUAAUGUACUACAC